GUGUUUAGGCGACGUCAUCAGUAAAGCCACCCCGCCAACUUAACGUGGGGCAUUUCUUCCCUCCGUCAUCAGCAGCUUAACAAUCACCAACACAUCUCAGCACCAUUACAACCUCGCAAGAUACGCCAGCAACCGUCAAAAUGUCUUCAACAACAGACCCCAACCCCUCCGACUCCCGCCCGGCCUUCAUCCCUCUCGAAGCCAACCCCGAGCUAAUGACAACCCUCAUCCACAAACUCGGCGUCUCAAACGCUCUCGCAAUGCACGACGUCUACUCCCUCACCGAUCCAGACCUGCUCGCCUUUAUACCCCGCCCCGCGCUCGCUCUGCUGCUCGUGUUCCCUGUUAGCGCUGUGUACGAGAGUCACCGCAUGGCCGAGGAUAGUCUAGCCGAUGAGUACAAGGGCAAGGGGGAUACGGAGCCUGUGCUCUGGUGGCCGCAGACAAUCAGGAAUGCCUGUGGGUUGAUGGGCUUGUUGCAUGCUGUCAGCAAUGGAAAUGCUCGAAAUUUCAUCGAGGAGGAUUCUACGCUUGAUGUAUUGAUCAAGAAGAGUAUCCCUCUUGGUCCCCACGGCCGCGCAAAAGUUCUCGAAACGACACCUGAUCUCGCGACUGCGCAUAAAGAAGCUGCUACACAAGGCGACACACCCGCGCCCGCUGCAGAAGACGACGUGGAGCUACACUAUGUAUGCUUCGCCAAGGGCACAGACGGUGGAUUGUGGGAACUCGACGGACGGCGAAAAGGACCUAUUCGACGAGGCGAUCUGGAGGAUAACGAGGAUGUGCUGAGUCCAAAGGGCCUGGCGCUGGGGGCGUUGAAGUUUUUGGAGAGGGAGGGUAAGGAUUUGAGGUUUAGUGCUGUUGCGCUUGCUGGGUCUAUGGAUUAGGAUUGAUACCCAAGGCUGGAGCAUGGUGGACUAGAUUUGCAUGGAAAUGAAUAGUAUAGUUCAAUCUUCUCACGAAGACUGUAAAGCAUUACCUCGUUGUCGAACUAGAAUCUGAGGGGCUGGAGUGGACGCUUAGCGUAGUUAUUUUGAGAAGCUGAAGAGCAAGGCAGAUUCUUGAAGCCACGUCUAAUCUCAGCUCCCCACUUCAAGGCAGCGACUUUGAAUAACAUAUAAAAGAGCC